AUGUCGUGGACGUCCAAGCAACUCCUCUUUCUGGUUGCUGGUUUCGCUCUUAAUCUGAUGCUGCUUGUUCAUUCCCGAGAUGAUCAAUCAGGAUUCAUUAACAUAGCUUGUGGCCUCCAGGCAGAUUCAAGUUAUUCUGAUACAGACACUGGCAUUAAAUACAUUUCCGACGCAACCUUCAUAGACACCGGUGAAAGUCAAUACACAUGGCCUAGUUACAGAGAUGAAAGUCCAUACGGGUCUGUUAGGAGCUUCCCUGAAGGAGCCAGGAAUUGCUACAAGAUAAAUGUUACACGCGGCAACAAAUAUUUGAUCCGAGCAAGUUUCGAAUUUGGGAAUUAUGAUGGCCAAGAUAAGAUACCAGAAUUUGAACUGCACCUUGGACCUAAUUUGUGGGAUACGGUUAGGUUUGAAAAUCCCUCCAAUGCAUACACGUACAAAGAGCUCAUAUAUGUCCCACUCCGAAAAUAUAUACAUGUUUGUUUGGUGAACACAGGCUCUGUGGUUCCAUUUAUAUCUGCUCUAGAACUCAGGCCUUUACCUAAUGCAUCUUAUGAAACGAAAACGGGGUCAUUGGCACUUGUCUCCCGAUAUGACACGGGCCAAACACCUGAUGAUGGGGCAGGAUACAGGUAUCCAAACGAUAUUCUUGACCGAAUCUGGGAGGAUUACUAUAGUAACCUCGAUGAUUGGACACAAUUAAACACCUCAUCCACCAUCAACUCUGAACCUGACGACCCGUACCAACUACCAUCUCUUGUUAUGAGUACUGCUUCAACGCCAAAACAUCCAAGUGAUUCCUUGAGUAUUAUUUUCUCGUUGCCAGACAUAAAUGCAGAAUAUCAUAGUUACCUGCACUUUGCAGAAGUUGAAAGGCUCCAACUCAACCAAUCUAGACUGCAAUACAUUUUUAUGAACGGAAGCCGCACUAUUGGGCCAUUUUCUCCUCCUUACUUGUCCAGAACAACCAUUUACAGCACUAACACUUGGACUCAUGGACCAUAUGCCAAUAUCAAAAUCACCAGGGCUGAGAACUCUACCCUUCUACCCAUCCUCAAUGCUUUCGAGAUUUAUAUGGUUAAACAUUUCGCAGAAGCAGAAACAAGCCUAGAAGAUGUUGACGCAAUCUCAUACAUCAAGUCAACUUAUAAAAUCAAAAGAAAUUGGCAAGGAGAUCCAUGUUCCCCUCAAGAUUACGUUUGGCGAGGAGUAAACUGUAACUAUCAAGACUUUGAGUCACCAAGAAUCAUAUCCUUGAACUUGUCCUGGAGUGGCUUAACAGGGGAGAUAGCUGCUUCUAUAUCCAAUCUCAAAAUGAUACAGUCUUUGAACUUGUCCUCGAGUGGCUUAACAGGGGAGAUACCUGCUUCUAUAUCCAAUCUCAUAAUGUUACAGUCUUUGGAUCUAUCAAACAACAGCUUAACAGGACCAAUCCCAGACUUUUUGUCUAAACUCCCAUAUUUGAUUGUCCUAAACUUGGAGAAAAACAAGUUCACAGGCUCGGUUCCGGUAGGACUGAUUGAAAAAGAGAAGAAUGGUUUUCUAUUAUUAAGUUUGUGCGAUAAUGCACAUCUAUCUCGACAUGUUUCUUGCAUAUUGAAGAAGAAGUUGAAGAAGAAGCACAGUUUCGUUAUUCCCAAAGUAGUGUCAAUCGCUGGAAUUUUCAUCCUCUUAUUAGUUGCUGCAGCUAUCUGCUGGUGGGGCUUCAAAAGGAAAAGGCAACAUGAGAUGAUGAAGAAUUUCAAACCAAAUUGGUUGGUGGAGUGCGAGGGUCAACACUUUGCAUACUCGGAGAUUGUGAAGAUUACUAACGAUUUUGCAUCAAUAAUUGGAAGAGGCGGAUUUGGAACAGUCUACCUUGGCACUCUUACGAAUGAGACUCAGGUUGCUGUGAAGUUGCUCAAUUCAUCAUCGAGGCAAGGCUCAAAAGAAUUUAAAAAUGAGGUUGAACUGUUAAUGAGAGCUCGUCAUAGAAAUUUGGUUUCUCUGGUUGGGUACUGUAAUGAAGGGGAGACUAUGGCGCUUGUUUAUGAGUACGUGGCGAAUGGAAAUUUGGAACAGCAUCUAUCAGCUGAUGUAACUCAAGACGUUUUGACUUGGAAGGAAAGACUUCAAAUUGCAGUAGAUACAACACGAGGACUGGAAUAUCUGCACAAUGGUUGCAAGCCACCAAUAGUGCAUAGAGAUUUAAAGACAUCCAAUAUCUUGUUAAAUGAAAAGUUGCAAGCCAAGAUAGCAGACUUUGGUCUUUCUAAAGUUCUCUCAACUGAAAGUGCUACUCAUGUCUCAACAGCUGCCAAGGGAACAUUUGGAUACCUUGAUCCUCAAUAUUGCAACACUGGAUGGCUCAACAAAAAGAGUGAUGUAUACAGCUUCGGGAUUGUGUUGCUCGAGCUUAUAACCGGUAGAGCAGCAAUAGCAAGAGAUGAAGAAGAUGUACCUAUUCACAUAUGUCAAUGGAUGUGUCCUAAAUUCAAGAGCAUGGAAAUUGAAAGCAUUGUGGAUUCAAGAUUACAAGGGAGCUACUUCAACGCUUCUGCUCGGAAAGCCAUAGAAAUUGCCAUGGCAUGUGCAUCUUCAACAGCAAUCCAAAGGCCAGAUAUAACUGUUGUGCAUAAUGAUUUGAAAGAAUGCUUGGAAAUUGAGAUGCCUUUUGAUAUAACAGAGAUUGUGGAGAGGUAUGAUGCAAGUUCAAGCAGCUCAGUUACAAUGACUUCCCACAUUGAGUCCCAAACUAAUACUAGCAGUCUUGGAAUGUUACACGAAAAUUCAAAUUCCUUGCACUAA